GUUGCAUCUUGUGCUUGCUCUGGCAAUUCCCUUCACCAGAUGCGUUUUCUGAGCAUGGAGGAAAGCUGGACUCUUUUACGCGAUAAGGUUUUUGGGAAUGGUGGUUACCCUCCGGAAUUGGAGAAAAUUGGGAGGUACAUUGGCCAUCAGUGUCAAGGGUUGCCACUUGCAGUUGUUGCAAUUGGUGGACUACUUUCCAAGAUGAGCAAGGAAACAAGUUCUUGGGAGAAUGUUGCAGAAAAGGUAGGAUCACUUAUGACCAGCGACACUAUGGAUUGCUUGAACAUACUUUCGUUGAGCUACAACCACUUGCCUCAGUACUUGAAAACAUGCUUCCUUUAUAUGGGAGUUUUUGCAGAAACUCGUGAGAUUCCAGUCUGGAAGUUAAUAAAAUUAUGGAUUGCUGAGGGCUUCGUCAAGAGAGUUAAUCAUAAAAAUCUAGAAGAUGUGGCAGAGGAAAAUUUGAGGGAGUUGGUUGAUAGAAGUUUGGUUUUGGUGGGGAAGCAUACUUCCCUAGGAAAAAUCAAGACUUGUAAGAUGCAUGAUCUCGUUCGAGAUAUGUGUUUGAGAGAAGUCCAAUAUGAGAAUUUUAUACACUUCAAAACGAGGUAUGACUAUGAUGAUCUUCUAGAAAACAUUAGUUGUCUACGUCGUGUAGCUGAUUUCCAUAAGUAUACACACAGUGGACUUUCUAAACUUAUGCCACUCACACGUUCUGUUUUCUUCAAAUAUCCAUACUUUUUUUGUUACCUCUCACAGUCGAGCUUUAGAUUACUGAGGAUAUUAGAUGUUUGCUUUACAUGUUUUUUCUCCUGUAGUCAGUCCGUAUCAGAACUUGUUCAUUUGAGGUAUAUUGCUUGUCCGUCCUUCAAUGGUCUUGUGCAAUCACUAUGCAAGCUACGGAAUAUACAGAACUUAGUUAUUCAUGAUUCACAUCCAUUUGGUUCAAGUAUGAGAACCCAGUCCCUACCAUGGGAAGUUGUGAAUAUGCCUCAACUAAAACAUAUCCAUACAAAAAAGUUGAGUCUUUUCAUAUCCCCACCUACAUCAGUAUUAAUUUCUGAGAGGGAGAAUCACUUACAAACGUUAACCGGAUUGAUGCCCUCAUCUUGUAACGAUGAGGUGUUUCUACGAAUUCCAAAUUUGAAGAAGUUGGGAAUUUUAAUUGUUGAUGAAUCAGACACUAUUCAGAAGUGUUAUUGUCUUGAUAAUCUUGUACAUUUAACUCAGCUUGAGAAGCUCAAAGUUGAGGUCAGCGAGAGUUAUCUGCUAAUUUUUAUGCGGAUUAGCGAAGGUUGGGUGGACAUUCCACAUUGUGACAAUUUCCCACCAAACCUUAAGAAGUUAACAUUGUGCAGAACGCACCUACAAUGGGAAGACAUGAACAUUCUCAGUAAGUUACCUAAUCUUGAGGUGCUCAAACUUAAACAUCAUGCCUUUCACGGACUAAUUUGGAAACUAAGCCAUGAAGACGAAGAUGGAUUCUUGAAGCUAAAGUUUUACUCUUGAGCGCAUGAGUCUGAAGCAAUGGGAAGCAACAAGUUAUCAUUUUCCAAGCCUUGAGCACUUAGUCCUAACAAAUUGCCGGUACUUGGAAAAAAUUCCUUUCGACUUUGCGGAGAUUCAGACACUACAGCUGAUUGAACUACACGAAUGUAAGCGUUCUGUUCUGUUUCAGCAGAGCAAAUACAAGAGGAGCAACAAAGCUUGGGAAAUGAUGACCUCGUUAUUCAUGCGAACUCUAUACGUGAGUAAACAUUAAUCAAAAAGACGUAACGACUAGCUGAUGGAGAGUACCAUAAGGUAUAUAUACUCAAGCAAAUUUGCAGAAGUUCAUGAUAUUUCCUGUCUGUGUAUUUUGACUUGUUUAGGACUGAGACGUAGUUUAGUGAAUCUGAUAUCUAUAUACAUUCAUCAGAAAGAAUGCAUCACCUUUGGAAUGUGUGUAUAGUUGAAUAACUUCUCUUUUUAUUGAAAUUGAUUCUAUAAAUCAGUUCUCCUCAACAAAA